AUGUUGUCGAGAACAAUUAGAAGCAGUAUGCGCCGCAUGCCUGUCAUGAAGACUGGUGUUAAAGUGACCCCAGCCGUUAUGGCUAGAUCCUUGCACUUCAAGGCCCCUAUGGUUGCAGCCCAACACAGAAUGGUUUCUCCAAUGAUGACUUUCACAAGAUUAGCCUCCACUACCGUCAAGGUUCCUGAGAUGGCUGAAUCCAUCACUGAAGGUACUUUGGCCUCUUUCAACAAGGAAGUUGGUGAUUAUGUUGAUGUUGACGAGCUUGUUGCAACUAUUGAGACCGACAAAAUCGAUGUUGAGGUGAAUGCGCCAGUUGCCGGUACUAUCACUGAAUUGUUGGUCGCUGUCGAGGAUACUGUUGAAGUCGGUCAAGAAAUCAUAAAGAUUGAAGAAGGUGCUGCUCCAGAAGGCCAAAAGGCUGCUCCAAAGGAAGAGGCAAAGGAGGAGAAGAAGGAGGAGCCUAAGAAGGAGGAAACAAAGAAGGAGGAGCCUAAGAAGGAAGAACCAAAGAAGGAAGAACCAAAGAAGGAGACUAAGAAAGAAACUAAAAAGGAUAGCAAAUCUGCCAGCCAAGAGUCUUCCCCUGCAUCUUUCAACGCCUUUUCUAGACACGAAGAAAGAGUUAAGAUGAACAGAAUGAGAUUGAGAAUCGCUGAGCGUCUUAAGGAAUCUCAAAACACUGCUGCUUCUUUGACCACUUUCAACGAAGUGGACAUGUCCAACUUGAUGGAAAUGAGAAAAUUGUACAAGGACGAAGUUUUGGAGAAGACUGGUAUUAAGUUUGGUUUCAUGGGUGCGUUCUCUAAGGCCUGUACUUUGGCUUCUAAGGAGAUCCCAGCUGUCAAUGCUUCCAUCGAGAACAAUGACACCAUGGUCUUUAGAGACUACAUGGACAUUUCCAUUGCUGUAGCUACACCAAAGGGUUUGGUCACUCCAGUGGUGAGAAACGCUGAGUCUCUCUCAGUGUUGGGCAUUGAGCAAGAGAUUGCUGCCUUGGGCAAGAAAGCCAGAGACGGCAAAUUGUCUUUAGAAGACAUGACCGGUGGUACUUUCACCAUCUCUAACGGAGGUGUCUUCGGUUCUUUGUACGGUACCCCUAUUAUUAACAUGCCGCAAACUGCAGUUUUGGGUUUGCAUGGUGUUAAACAGAGACCCGUUACCGUCAAUGGCCAAAUUGUCUCUAGACCAAUGAUGUACCUUGCAUUAACCUAUGACCACAGAGUUUUGGAUGGCCGUGAAGCUGUUACAUUCUUGAAGACCGUCAAGGAGUUGAUUGAGGACCCAAGAAAGAUGUUGUUGUCUCCAUAG